AUGGGUAAAGACAAGUCCGAGAAGCGCGACAAGAAGGAGAAGAAGGAGAAGAAGGAGAAGCGCAGCGAAGUCGACGGCGUCAAGAAGUCCAAGAAGGAGAAGAAGUCCAAGCUCAAUGGGGACAACAUAGCAGCUGCGAUCGAGGAGGUGACCAAGGUCAAGGCGCCAGCCCCGGCGGAGGAGCAGGAGAAGAAGAAGAAGGAGAGCGUGCAGGCGGUCAUCGAAACCGCAGGAGAGGCCGUCGCGACCAAGCCCGUGGGUGCGCUGGUGCCGUUCGCAGCUCCCUUGGCCGACGAGAAGGUCGCGAAGAAGGUGCUCAAGAGCGUCAAGAAAGCCGCAAAGAACAAGACGCUCAAGCGCGGAGUCAAGGAGGUCGUCAAAGCCCUGCGCAAGUCUCCUCAGGGUGCCGGCAACGUCGUUGUCCCGGGUGUGGUGAUCCUCGCUGCAGAUAUCUCCCCCAUGGACGUUAUUUCGCAUAUUCCCGUCCUCUGCGAAGACCAUAACGUACCCUACAUCUUCGUCUCAAGUCGUGCAGAGUUGGGUGCAGCGGGUAACACGAAACGGCCUACGAGUGUAGUGAUGGUCUCCGAGGCGCGAGUGGGCUCCAAGAAGACCGAGAAGAUCGAGGGCGACGAGGAAUAUGGAGAUGUGUACAAGGAUCUGGUGAAGGUUGUCGAGAAGGAAACAAGGAACGUCCGAGUAUGA